CCGGGUCCGUAGGACAUCUGUCAAUUUAACGAUAGAACAUUCUAUGAUAUCUAAAUAAGAUAUAGCAUCUCACUCAACUUGAAAUUCAGCAUUAUACAUCGUAAUAGAAUGACCACAACUAGGCUUGAACCAAUUACCGUUCAGUUCAAAAACCAACCCUCUUCUGAGCUAAAGGAUUAACCCACUAAGUAGUAGGAGCGGGGCAGUACUAUUCUAUUCCCUAGACAUCUCACACGAGACUCUUCAAUCCACCCCAUUAAAGCAAAAUGGACAACAACACAAAGCCGUAUGUUCCACCCAAUCUGGAGAAAGAGCCAGAAUUGGUCCAGACUGUAAAAAUUCCAGCACAAAGUCGAUUGAAAGAGGAGCUUCUAAAGCCUAUGCCGAACAAAGUCAGUCCCAAAUCUCCAACUCAGAUUAUUAUUCCUGCCAAAUACUCUGGCAACAAGCAGUCGACCACACGCCUAGCAGCAGGCACCAAAAUCAUCCUCCCUGGUAAUGUUGGGAAGUCUGGCCAGCCAUUGCAGUUCAUUGUCACCUCCCCCAACUCAUCCUCACCUCGCUUCUCAAUACAAGGUGGUCAGGGACAGUCUCUUAUAACUGGUGCUCGCUCUAUUCUUCCAAAUAUUGGCGGCAGACCCUGUAAGAUUAUUGUCAGCUCCCCACAGACAGUCACUACCACUGAGACUACCUAUCUUCCACAGACUACAGCAAGCACCAUUCAGUAUGUUGUGACAUCACCUGAGGCCAGUGAGCUGAAAACUGUUUCAUAUGAAGAGGACAACAAUAAAUAUAUCAUAGAAAACACUGAAUCUGAACAGACAGAGGAGAUGGUGAUUGAGACACAGGAUGUUUUUGCUACGCAGGAAAUUGCAGUGGAUGUGCCCACUGACACAGAUGCUGCAAAUUCUUUGAUUGCUAUCGCAGAGCAGCUGCAGCAACCCAAAGUAGAAAACUUUGUGUACAUGGUAGAUGACAAGGGGGACAACUCUGGCAUCAUUGCUGAACAUGCUGUUGUUGGUGAUGAUAUUGAACCAGCUGAGGUGGAGGUGGAGAGUAUGGAGGUUCAAGACAUUAGGAGUUCACCUCGUAGAGGAAAGAAGGCACAGCAGAAAAGACAAACAAAAUCAGGAGAGUUUAGUGAUGAUGGUAGUUAUGGCAGUGAUGCUGAUAUGAAAGCAAAAAUUUCUAACAUUGGACUAGAUCAUUUGUCAUACUUAUCCUCCAGACCCAAAGAUCAACCAAUGAGUAGAGUUAUGGUUUACUCCCCUCAAGCUAAGGAAAGACAGGCAGCCUUUACGUCAGAUGAAAGUACUGACUCAGAAUUUUCUGAAGAGGAUGAAGAUGACGAUGAUGAUGAAGAUUACCGAACCAGGCGUGUCAAAAGACCAACGUACAAGGCCAAGAAACCAAGCAAGAAUGUGGUCUCCAGGACAGUCAACUCUUGGGUGAAGAAAUAUGUUCCAAAAGCCAGUCCCAGUGAUGGUGAAGACAACAGCGAUGACAAUGAGGAUUACAGUGAAAUAGGAGUCCCCAAGGAGCAUCUCCUAGCUUGCUGCGAGAGAUUCCGUAAAGUGACGGAGAGUGUCGAAGAGCUCAUGAGAAACAAUGCCAAGACCCGCAGUUACAGGGAGACCACCAAUGCAAGUGGUGACCGAGUAUUUGAAUGCUCAACUUGUCACAAGCUGUUCACAAUGAGAGACACCAUCAAAAAGCAUCUGAUACGCCACACAGGACAGAGAUGUUUCCAGUGCACCAAAUGCAACAAGAAUUUUAUGUUCAAGUAUGGUUUGAAGUGUCACAUGAUGACUCACACAGGGAAAAUGCCUUGUGUUUGUGCAAUAUGUGGUGGUAAAUUCAUUGAGAACAGCAAGCUAGAGGUCCACAUGAGAAGGGUUCACACUUCAGAGCGUCCAUUUGAGUGUGCUCAGUGUGACAAAAAAUACCCAACAAAAAGUGAGCUCAACAAUCACAUACUCAAUGUGCAUACAACCAUCAAACCGUAUCCAUGUCCAUUUUGUGACAAGAAGUUCUCCCAUGAUGCAAAGCUAAAAAGACAUUUAACAGUUCAUACUGGAGAACGUCCUUUCAAAUGUGCAUUCUGCGAAAAGGCAUUUACUCAAAGAGCUCACCUACAGAUCCAUGAGAGAUGUCAUACUGGAAUCUUCCCAUUUGCAUGCAAUGGAUGUGACAGAAGGUUCUACGACAAGGUCUCCCGAGACAGACACUUCAGACGUAUCCAUGAAGGAGUGGAGAAACCUUACUGCAAGAAAUGCAAUGUCUACUUCAAAACCAAGACCAGUCUUACUCGUCACAAGAGGGAGUGUGGAAAAUUCAAGCAGGAAAUACCUGAUGAUGAUGAGGUUGAGGAGGAGGAUGUGAUGGAAGAUGAAGUGGAUGAAGAAGAAGAGGAAGUUGUCCCAGAGCCUAAGAAGAAGACAGCAAGGGUUAAAAGGUCACCACGGGCAAAGAAGCUUACAGUUAAAAUAAGGAAAGUUGCAGGAAGGAAGAACGCCAAAGGCAAGAAGUCGGAUAAAAAGGUCAGUGUAGAAGCCAUGGAAAUGUCAGGAAAGCUGUUCAUCAGGAGCGAGAGGAUCAAGGCCAAAACAGAAGCAGUCAAACGGAAAUCUCAGCCAUCCGAGACCACAGUGUCUCCACCCAAAAGAAAAAGGAGGUCGCGUUGAAAGCACUCUCGAGAUGCUACUCAGGACUUACAGUGGAAGAUAAUCUGUUACUUUGUUAUUGUGUCUGACAUGUUUUAUUGUCUGAUAUUUUAUGUGUUAAUAGACUUUUUGUUUUAAAUGAUGCAUUAGAUUAUAUUGUGUUAAAGGUACACAUCACUCUGAUUUAAAAGUUCAGAUUUGAUCUUUGAAUGCUCUCAAGCCUAGGAUGUGUCUAUUGACAUACCACAUUUCUUUUGUAAGCAUUGGAAGAUUGAAUUAACUUGUAUUCAGAUUGAAGUGCAUGUAAAUAUUCAGUGACUUAUGCUUUAUAGCAUUAAUGAAAAUGUAUGGACUUACUAAUUUGGAACAAUACCAGUACAUUGUAUUUGCUUAGAACAAUAUCAUUGUAUACACAGGGGCCAAGCCCGUUUUAACAUUUAUUUCUUUGUUUAUGGUUACAUUGAAAUAAAUGUUAAAACGGGCUUGGCCCCUCUGAUUGUUUACAAAUUCAAGUAACUCAAAAUGUAGAUUACCUGUGGUUCAUAGAAUCAUUAUGAAUGGAUAAAUUACUCUUUUUGAUUUUAAAAAUUACUUCAUACUUGUUUUGCCAAUUAAUUGUAUUUUUAAUUUCUGUGUUUUUGGUAAAUCACAUUAACAAAAAUCAAAUACAGGGUGUCAGAACUUUUUAAAAAUUUUAGUUUUUGAUAUUUUUAUGCAAGAUGAUCAUGCAUUGACCCCAAGAUACUAAUGUUGAAGAAAUUUUCUUAACUAAAUCUGAUAACUCCUUAUGGAAAUACCUUUUAAUGUCAGGAAAACAAUAUGAUUCUUCCAAGCUCAAGACUUUUCUCUUCAACAAUCUCUACAUAUGUAUGGAUAAAAUGUUAAGAAUACUGGUACAUGUCUGAUUUGAUGAUGAAAACACUUUUCCAUAUUAGCUUGUUCAUUUCUCGCCUUUCAUCGAAAAAUGAAUUAUCAUCAUUCUGUAUUUUAUUUGUUUAUAUGUAAAUAUUGAAUGUUCAUUACUAAGUGUUAAUUGUGUAUUAAUCAAGUCAAUAAAAAUGAUGUACAUU